AUGGCCCUCGGGCACGGAUCUUCUUCGUCUAAGAAGCAUCGAAAGUCUCGCCGUGAAGGCUCUGCCGAAGAUGCAACAAAGCCAAUCAAGUCUUUCAUUCAGGUCUUUUGGCGUAGGCACUCGUCGGCGGCUGCCUCUAACACAGAAAAACCCGCCGAGUCAGGCACUAGGACCCUCUCUCCCAGCCACAAAACUAGCGCCCCGACAGUGAGUUCACUCGAGCAGGCGCUUCGCAUCGCGAGGGGCCAGGUAGAGGAGGAGGUGUUUCCCGUGGCGAACGAGCAGGUUAACUAUCAGUCACCCAAUGCUGGGUUUCUACCAAGGAUCCCUGAGUACGGCGAGGGGACCUACACAGCCGCACAGGUGGAGCGUCUGAAAGCCGGCGUGGUAAGGCGCACAAACAGUCGGUCGGACCGGAGUGAAUUCAACUCCGCUCCGCCGGGCAUAUACUGGCCUGAUGGUGAGACGACUGGAGCGCACCCCCAGACCCCACACCACCAAGCCCCCGCGUUCGGGCCGGUCGACCGGCUUCCCCGCAUCGCGCCCCUCAGCAGACCCACGUCGUCGGUCUUUUUUGGGGGCCCUAGGAGUCCGGUGACUAGUUUUUGUGCCUCUCCGACGCGAGCGGUGUCCCCCACCCCUUUCCUGCAUCGGCCCCUGCCGCCACCACCUUUUGCUGACAGACGGGGGGAUAAAAUGAGCAAAUCUUUCAAUCUCGGAGCCACUGCUGGCCCUAUGUGGCGUGCGGUACCGCUCAAGUCACCCACUGCAGAGCUUGAAGUUGUCGAUACAGCAGUGUAUAGCAAUGUGAAGAUUCCAGUAUUGAGCUUCACAAAUUUUGCUCACAUAAAUCCUCGCAUGUCCUUUGAUAUCGUUGGCCUUUCGAUGAAUGACGUGUCGGCUGCGUUCGUUAACCUCCAUGAAUCCGUUUACCUUGAACCGUUCCACCUCGCCACCAUUCGCGCAGCUAUCACACCGAUCCACCUUGGGGCGUGUAGUUCGAAGAUUCCAAUGGAAGGGAAGAAGACGGUCUGA